GGUCAUUGUUUAGAUACAUACAGUCCAUGUGCCCCGCACACUGUCACCCUGUGGCCGCUCGGCCACUCGGACAUUCCUGCAGCUGUGAGUGACAGUGUGCCGCCGGCCUGGUGACCCACCGCUGUGCCUUUCUGGCCCUGAAUACCCUCCCUCUCCGUCCCUCCGCCUCCCGUGCCGGCCGUCCUCCGGGGCCGACCGGCGCGAACAACACCGCCCCGCCGCGGGACACGCCGACUCCGACGCGGCCCGGCCCGUCGGCGGCGGCGGCGCGCGUCGCGCUCGACGCAGCAGUGCCGACCAACAGGUGUGGUGCGGUCGCCGGCGGCGCCAGCGGCAGUGUCGGCCCGUCGCCCCCCGACCGCAGACCGGUGACGCCGAUCAGCGUCGAUCGCGACGGUCCGAGCCUCGUCGACGGUGACGAUCCUGAGUCGGGACGGCUGGCGUCGUCCGGAGCCGGAGUCGACGGCGACGCGGCAGGCCGUCAGAGGAGGCGACACGAACCGGGAACACAUUCCAAGUGGCCAGUGGCCGCUGCGUGCAGUGACAAGAACUCCGGAGAAGCUGCGAUCGAAGAGCUGAACGUUGAAGAAUCACAACUACGAACACAAUAAAGCACCCUCCUCCGAUCCGAUUUUGUCGGAUUCGUCUGGUCCUGGGCUCUACAAUCAUCGACUGAGGAUCAUCUCAAUCGGCCGAAGUCUCGAGUCAGCAGUCAGCACCCACUGUCUGAUAACUGCUUCCGUCAGCUGAAGAUCGUCCUCGCGCUUUCAGCCAGCGGAUCUCCCAGUGAGUGAGUCUGUCAUUCCGUGUCGGCAAGCCGCCCGGCCAGUCGGACAGCACCGCGCCAUGUCGUCCACUGAAUCCACCACGCAGUUCAUCCCCUGGAGCGUCAGCACGUCCAACAGCUCCCAGGUGCGCGAGGUCAUCCUGGACGUGCUGGGCAAGAAGGCCGACAGUCCCAACGCCUCGCAGACCGUGGACGAGUGGGUGCGCAAGAUCAACAACCAGGUGACGAUCGGCGCUGACCACUCUCCUGCGGUGUCGACGCUGCUGCAGGUGCUCUACUGGACGCUGAUCGUGGCCGGCAUCACCAUCAACCUGCUGAUCUGGUUCAUCUUCAUCAAGAAGCCCAAGCUGCGCACGACCCGCAACGCGUUCAUCGUGAACCUGUGCACCUCGGACAUCCUGCUCUGCUGCAUCACAAUGCCGUUCACGCUCGAGUUCAUCAUCGAGGCCAAGUGGACGUUCGGCCUGUAUCUGUGCAAGCUGAUGCCGCUGAUCCAGUGUAGCAACAUCCUGGUCGCCACCGGGACCGUCAUCAUCAUCGCGCUGGACCGCUACAACACCAUCGUCAAGAGUCCGUGCUCGUGUCCGAAGCGUCUGCCGCCGGUGGUGUACAUCUGCUGUCUGUGGCUGGUCUCGCUGGCACUCAGCUCUCCGCUCUGGAUGUUCUACGAGACUGAGCAGGUGCUGUUCCCGGACGCGCGCUGGCACGGCGGCCGCACCUUCUACGUUCUCUACGAGGUGUGCAGCGAGAAGUGGCCCAACCACGCGUCCCGGCUGGCCGUCACGUUCGGCCUGCUGGUCAUCCAGUACCUGGCGCCUAUCGUCACGCUGGCCGUCACACACUCGCGCAUCAAGGCCUUCCUGCACCAGCACAUGGCCAACGGCAGCAUCGGUAACCGGAUCAAGACAGAGAUCCAGCGGAACCGGCGCGUCACGCUGGUGCUCACUCUGAUCGUGGCCGUGUACGCCGUCAGCUGGCUGCCCUACCACCUCUUCUCCGUGUCCGACGAGCUGCAGGCGGUCUGGGCCUCGUCGCGCAACUAUAACCUGGUGUUCGCCAUCUGCCACCUGCUGGCCAUGACCAGCGCCGUCACCAACCCGGUGCUGUACGGCCUGCUCAACACCAACUUCCAGCGCGAGUGGCGCCAGCUGGUGCCGCGCGGCCUCAGCUCGCUGUGCCGCGGCUCGGAGACGCGGCGCUCCGAGCAGCCCAGCGGCGGGCCCACCAACACGGUGCCCAUGCUGACCGUUCAGCGGCAGGACCAGCUGUCCUCCACGGCCGUCUCCAUCCUGCCGACCACGGACCGGGCCGGCCGCCGGCGCAACGACACCCAGCUGUAAGUGUCGCCGACGUAACGGCUAACGACCAGACACCUAGCUGCAACUGCCGCCGGCGCAACGACACCCAGCUGUAGCUGCCUGCGGCCCAACGACACACAGAUGUAGCUGCCGCAAGCACAACGACCAACGACUAAAGACACCCAGCUUUGACUGCCAGCGGCGCUCGAUACCGACACCCGGCUGUAACUGCCGCAAACGUAACGACACGCUGCCGAUAGCUGACUCCGACGUAACGUCUCGCAGCUGUAGCCGGUCGAUCGGUGGUACCAGACCCAGCAAGACUGCGCUCGGACGUCUUCAAGGCAAAACAGACCCGGCAAUCUACAGGUGAAUAACUGCUCCCAAUGCAGCCACUAAACUGUUCUAGUUCUCGCUUAGGCUUAGCAUCAACCGGCGUGGCUAUAUGUUGUAAGCUUACAUGUCAGUAUGUCAUUGAAGAAGUUAGUUCACUUUGACUGAAACAGCUAAGUACUCAUUAAUUAUGUCUGAACGGAUCCUGCUACUUCAUAAGGAGUUGUUACUUGAAUUGAAUUUGUAACGACCAGGGCCUCGGCUAAGGAAUUUUGACUACUGGGGCAAA